AUGACCAAUGCCUACUGGUGUUCCGGUUGCAGCUUCCAGCGCGCGGCGCGAACUAGGCUACUUGUGCCUUCUAAUUUUUCAAGUUCAACAGCAAACUUUUUCAAGUUCAGCAACAAACUUUUUCCAUCUACUAAAAAGGCUAUCACUUUUGUCGGGCAGCUCGCUCCCCAAGAAGAAAACUACACCACAUGCUGUCGCUCUAGGUUGAGCUUGAAGCGCCCAGAUCCCAGCCUUAGAAACUCAGAUGCUCAAGAACCCAGGGAUCUUUUCUCAAUAGGUUCUUAACGUUAACUUACUUCAGUUAAUUAGAGUCCC